GCAUUUACUUCAGAGUGAGCAGUGUUUGCUUGGGGAAGAGACAGCUCCGUGCAGGGUGUGAGGCAUUGACAACUGACAGUUAUAUACCAAGUAUUUAGCAUUUGAACUCAACUGGCCACUGGGAGGCACCUUAUGAGUAAUUAACUGCCAACCACCCAUGCUUGUGUUCAAAGAGGGGGCAAGGGUCAGUGUAGCUCCAGCAUUUAUUCCAGCAGCAUCUAGUUGAACUGUACUCAGAGAAUUCUAGGGGAACAUUGGUUUGAUUCAAGGUGGACAAAUACCGUUUUGCAGAAACCUUAAAAGGCCAAGGACAGAAAUGCUUGUAACAACUUUUUGUAAAAGUGUGGAAUGACUGAUCUUAGAUGAGAGGAAAUCUACACCUUGAUUGAUCCUAUCCACUUGGUAACAGUGCUGAAUAUUAAUGACAUUGAAGGUGCUGAGUGACAUAGAAGUUUACCAUAUGUUGUCCGUCACCACUACCCAUUAACAGACAAUCAACAUGGGGCUCCUAACAAGACUAAGGCAGUGGAAGGCCACACAUGAUCUUCAUACUGUCAUCACUGUUGAACCUGUUCUAUUUCUGUACAUGUUGAGCACAUUCCUGAAAUUUCCCUCAUUCCAGGCUUUGGCCAUGUAUAAGGUUUGCCUGCAGGAAUACAAUGACACAGUUUUGUGUGAGGAUUUCUUCAACCACACCGAUGAGAAGGACUACAUAGAAAAAGAGGCGUCCCAUUGGCUGCUGUACUGUAACAUUGCCUUCACCACGCCUUCUGUUCUUGCUGUGAUAUUCAUGGGGUCGUGGAUAGACAAAGCACAGAGCAGAAUUGUCCUGGUUUUACCAACUGUUGGACAGGUUGUAGAGGGAACAUUGCUGUUACUUAAUUCAGUGUAUAUCCACUUGCCUCUUGUUGCCUUCAUACCAGGUUCACUAGCUGCUGGAAUGUUUGGAGGGUUUGCCACACUUCUCAUGGUCUGCUUCAGCUACAUAACUGUGAUAGCACAGGGAGAAAAGGAGCGCACUAUCAGAGUAGCCAUUUUGGAAUCCAUGACGUUCAUCGCAGGUGGUCUGGGCUCUGGGCUAUCUGGCCUUUUGAAAGAUCGCUUUGGAUUUGUGACAGUUUUUGCAGUUUCUCUGGUUAUAAGUGUUGUACUGCUUGUGUAUAUAGUGGUGUGGAUAAAGGAGCCACAGUCACACAUAACUAGGACAGAAAUCACAUGUGGUCUGCUUUGUAAUCAUCGUCAUUUUGUGGAUACUGUGAAAUGUGCCAUGAAAGAAAGGCCAGGGAAAAGACGCUGUAUCAUUUGGUUAUGUCUUGCUAUAUUUAUAAUGAGUCUGGUUGUAUUUGGGGGUGCUGAGGAUGUGACCUAUCUCUAUUUCAAGUAUGUUAUCAAAGAUUGGACCACCGCUUUGUAUGGAGGAUUCCUGGCUUUCAAGUUCACCAUGUAUGGUAUAAGUCUCCUAGUUAUCCUGCCUCUGCUGAAGAAAUUUGGUUCGCUACGUGAUGCCACACUAGGUGUCCUGGGUCUACUUGGAGCAUGCGCUGGGUCAGUGAUACUGAUAUUUACUACCACAGUGAUGAUGGCUUUCACAGCUCCUCUUUUCCUUGGAAUGAAGGGCCUGUCAGCGGCACCUAUUAGAGCCAUUAUUUCAAAAAUGGUGGAGGUGGAGGAACAAGGUAAAAUCUUUGCCAUAGUCGCUGUGGUGGAGGUGGUGGGAGUGCUGAUGGCAUCCGUGAUCUACAACAGUUUGUGGCCGGCUACUCUGGAGUUUUUUCCUGGCUUUGUGUUUGCUCUAAGCUUGGGGAUACUGACAUUUUCCUUGAUUUUGAUGCUGAUUAUAAGGCACCUGGUGUCUAAAGAAGUGGAGUCUGGUCUUGCUUAUGGAGUAUUUAAUGAUGAAGAUAAGGGAGAAGAUGGAACUGAAACGAACAUUAUAGAUCCUGCUCUAGCAUAACAGGCACAGAUGUUCCAAGAAUUAUGGAGGAUCCGAUGGGUUUAACUCUGAACUCUGGGUGGAUGACAUUUUUCACAGAUAAGAUGUGCCACAAGAUCAUUGGACUGUCUCUACAGAAGUAUUUUAAUUCAAAGGUGCCACAUGAAGCCUUCUGAAGGUUUGAUAGAACUAAUUGUUCUAUAAAUUUGUUGCCCAUAGUGCUCUAGGAGAAAAUUUCUUUUAGCCAAAAUGCUGGAAAAUUUGCGUUAAAUUUGACAUUUCCUUUAGUUAUAUAAGAAUGUAAGCAUUCUGCUAAAACAUAUUUUCCUAGUAUGAGCAUUGUGUUGCAUGUGUUAUGGUGAUUUAUAUACAGCAAUAUAAGUACUGCCCAAUUAUUGGUUUCAGGAUUUUGUAGUUUUCCAUUGAGGGGGGAAAAAAGUAUUGGCACAUUGCCAAACUUAUUGUGGAAUUUGAUCUGCUUCUUGCAUAAUUGCCCUUUGGCUUUUACUUUGUGCAACUGUUAUUUUUUACUGCUACAUUUAUCUUGGAUUAAGUAUGUAUUUUGAACUAGCUUCUACAAGAAUCUUGUUUAUUAUAUAUAAAACAUUUAACAGGUUUGUGUAUCCUUUUCACCCUAGAGAGUUAAAAACUAUAUAUGUGAAAAUAGUGCAACCGUGGCACGACAACAAAUGAUUGUCCUUUCAAAAAGUCUUUAUUCCGACUGAUCUUACAUAAAAUACAGUACUUUCUUCAUGUCAGAUCACUGGUGUAUCUCUCUCGAAUUACGCGCCAAAAGCUUUUUAUAGUAUCGGGUCACAUGACCCACAUGACACAAGAAGGGUGCUAACGUGUGAUUCACUGGCCCAAGACAUGUUUUCAGUGGCCUUGGCCCAGCAGGCCAGUGUUAAUGCUGAGCCCUGUCCUCAGUGAUGGUGAUUAUGUGCAGUGUAAAGUCGGUCCAUCACAUUUUUAUUAAAACUGACACUUUGAAUGUCCUUCUCUUUUUGUUGGUUGUUUUUUUUCCCCUUUUAUAAAUUAGUUUUCUUUUUGUCCAUAUUUUACGAUACUUGCAGUUUCAUGGAGUCUGUAAAGUGUAGACCCAAUAUUCAUUCCAUUAAAUUUUUGUAGCUCCAUUUGUCAGUCACUUUGCUUAUGGGCAAAUCUUCCUUGAUCAUCCAGUAAAUGGUCCUCAGUUGGAUGCUUAAGUUA